AUGAUAUCUAAGGCUGUGCACUUAGAAGCCGUCUCGGAUUUAACAGCUAAGGGCUUUAUCGCAGCCUUUCGCUGUUUCGUGUCUCGUCGCGGUCACUGUACAGCCUUAUACAGUGAUAAUGGUACCAAUUUCGUCGGCGCCGAUAAAGAGUUGCGUGAAAUGCUGAAUAGUGUCAAGUCUAAGCUACCCGAUGAAAUCAACAAACUGCUUGCUAUUGAAAGAACAACGUGGCACUUCAUACCUCCACACUCUCCCAAUUUUGGAGGCCUGUGGGAAGCAGGAGUUCGAUGCAUGAAGUCACAUCUAAAACGAGUGAUAGGUGAUUCAAAGCUAACCUUCGAAGAACUUUCUACAGUUCUAGCACAAAUCGAGGCGUGCUUAAAUUCACGUCCACUUUCCUAUAUAAGUGACAAUCCUGAGGAUCCAUUACCACUAACCCCAGGUCACUUUUUGGUGGGUGAGCCCUUGAUAGUAGUACCAGAAGAAAAUUACUCAAAUAUACCACUAAACAGACUACAAAGAUGGAAAUUCGGUCAAAGAAUGGUAAACGAAUUUUGGAAAAGAUGGUCAGAAGAGUAUUUAGUCACGCUAAACCAAAGGUAUAAAUGGAAUACAAAGAAGAUUGAGCCUGAGAUCGAUAAUGUGGUAAUAAUAAAGGACCAUAAUCUUCCUCCAGUCAAAUGGUUGCUUGGAAAAGUCAUCGAAAAACAUCCUGGAGCAGAUAACAUCACAAGAGUUGUGUCUAUAAAAACUAAGAAUGGUAUUUGUAAGGAUGAUUUCGAAUAA